AUGGGAAACUACAAGGAGGGCAGAGGGAAGUCGCGUUGUGUGCUAAAGGUAGACCUUCAGAAGGCUUACGAUUCGGUGAAUUGGGAUUUUCUGUUGGGUGUGUUGUUGGCUAUAGGUACGCCCCUUCAGUUUGUUAGUUGGGUGAGGGCUUGUGUUACUCCGCCUAAGUUCUAUGUGAUGAUUAAUGGUUCCCUUGAAGGGUUCCAUGAUCGGUGUGAGUGUUUGGGCCUAACUCAUUUGGUUUUUGCAGACAAUUUGAUGAUUUUCUGUGCAGCUGAGAGAGAUUCUUUGGAGUUUGUGAGGCAGGUAUUGACAAAAUUUGUAGAAUUGUCUGGGUUAGUAGCAAAUAUUGGAAAGAGUUCCAUGUUUGUUGCGGGUGUGGAGUCGGGGGAGGCGGAGGAACUUGGGUAUCUCUCUUGUAUCUUCGUGUUGCCUGCGUGUGUAACUCAUGAGGUUGAUCGUCUAUUACGUAGUUAUUUAUGGGAGGGUAGUGUGGUAAGUUGGGGUGGUGCACGGGUGGCGUGGGAUGAGGUGUGCUUGCCGUUGGGAGAGAGGGGGGUUGGGUGUGAAGCAUGUGGCCUCUUGGAACCAGGCUACUAUUAUGCAGCUGCUUUGGCUUCUCUUAAUUAA